AUGUCUUCCGCAAAAAUAAUUUCAUUUCCAAAACAUGUUGACAGGCCAUUAAUAACAUUACAACAAGAAGAUGAGCUAUUCAUCAUAACAAUGAAAGAUGGUGAGAACAGGUUUACGGUUACUUUUAUCGAAGCACUAUUCGCCGCACUAGAUGAAAUUGAACGUAUUCGCGGUGAUAGUACUGAGCCGGCGGCACUUGUGACUACCGGGGAAGGAAAAUUUUAUAGUAAUGGUUUGGAUUUAGAACACGCGCUUUCGACCCCGAAUUUUUUUGAAAAUUAUUAUCUCAAGUUUUUGAUCCGGUUGUUGACGUUUCCGAUUCCCACUGUUGCUGCUAUUAAUGGUCACGCGUUUGCUGGUGGAUGUAUGAUGGCUCUUGCGCAUGAUUAUCGAGUAAUGAGAAAGGAUCGCGGUUACAUUUGCAUGAACGAGGUAGAUAUCCCAUCACCACUUCACCCAGGCAUGGCUGCAAUAUUACGCGUAAAAAUAGCGAACGCGAAGACUUUUCGCGACGCCAUACUGCAAGGUCAUCGAUUCAACGCGCAGGAGGCACUUGAUCGAGAAUUCGUCGACCUUGUCGCGCCGGGAGACCAGGUUAUUCCGAAAGCCAAAGAAUUGGCUAAAAAAUGGUCAGUAAAAGCGGGGGCGGGCCCGAUAUAUGGCUUAUUGAAAAAAGAAAUGUACACUGAAAUUAUACGCUUUAUGAGUAUAACUAAUUGGGAACAGCCAAAAUUAUAA